AUGACAGAGAUUCUUGCUCUGCUUGUACUUUUGAUUGUUCUGCCAAGUAAACUUGAUGGUAAGUGGGUGUUAUAUAAAUGUAUAUAGCUCAUUAAAAUACACGUUGGAUCAUUUACUAAUUAUUAAGAUUGUGUUGGCAUAUCACUUGAUUGAGUAAUACUUGAAGGGUUUUGUAGAUGAAAAUGAUUUACUUGUGUUUUUUUAUGAAACAGUUUUUUGGAUGGAUUGGACCUAAACAGGAACAGUUGCGAUUUUGAUAUUUAUGCUCAUACCUUAACAUGGUAGUACCUUAGUAUAAUAUAUUUACAUGAACUUGUGGUUAGAGCUCGACGACAACUCGAAAUUCAAUGCCACUGAAUAUGCUUAUCUAUUAUUCAUAUAUCCAUAGUUAUUCAUAUUUACGACAAAACAUAGAUUUUGCGGUGCUCUUAACACAUAUUUAAGUAAAUAUUUUUAACUUGCUAUCCAGCAACACUCUUUGUAAGUUCCAGAUAUAUCCUUUUUCAUUAGAAAAUAAAAAUUACAAUAAUUAUUUUUUAAGUAUAUCAAAUAUUAGUACAAAUAAUACGGGCAACCUUUCUCCCCUCUUGUUAAAUUACAGGAGAGACAAUCAGGUGCGCCGUAGCCACGGGGGCAGCGAGGGAAACUGCCCCCGUUGCCGAAACAGUGCGGGCGCGGCACGGAGGCAACAGGUUGCCCUUUUUCACCAGAACUGCGCUUCGAAAUUUGUGCGUUAUUCACAUGAAUUGGAAUUUAUAAAUAUUUUUAAGCAAUGUUUAAGCAAUAUUUGCUUAAUUUUAACCAGGCCGCGGAAUCACUUUUGUAUAAUUAUGAUCAAAAUCAAACGAUUUUAUGUCGUUCACGAGCUGAACGAAAAUUUUUUGAAAAUAUGGAGUCCCUAUAAAGUUGGAAAUGACCUUUACAGAGCCUGUGUUAUGCAAAAAGUACACGUUCUUUCUAACCCCCAAAAGGGCAUUUUUUCACUUUUAAAAAAGUGGGGAGGUACAUGCCCCUAUUGCCUCCCGGUUCCGCGGCCCCUGAUUAAUGCUAAAUCAGGCAAUAUACGUCCGUUUACUGAUUUUAUUUUGCGUCCUUAACAUCGUGCAACAAAUAAAAUUAUUCAAAUUAAUGUCGAAGUUUGCCGACCCACAAUAGCAAUAAAUAAUCGGAUAUCCAUACAAUAAAGUUUUAUCAAAUAUUGCCACCCAGAAAAAUAAUGGCUGAGAAGCAAGUGUCCUUUUCCAAUUGCUGCCCCCGCCGCUUCACAUCGCUUCCGGUGCCCCUGGAGACAUGCAUUAUCUUUAACGUCACUUACUACCAGAAGUCCCGGCUCCAUGAAUAUAAUUAAUAAUUAAUCACCCAAGCCCCUAUUAUAUGAAGAACUAGCCGGUAAAUAAUAUUUACUGCGGACCAGAAGUUGACCAUUGGUAACGCUUCAACCCCACAAAUACACCAAGAAUGUGUAUUCUCCAUAGACGAAUAAAGGCAACUCCCACAAUAGUUGUAAUUAUAUAUAAGACAGCUUUUGUCAGAUGAUAGUAAGACUUGUGUUUUAACAUUACCGUCACUUACGCUGCAACUGCAUAGAGUCAAGGACGCACGGGGAAAAUCUGAGAUAUAAGAAACCUGAAUGGCGCCAAGAAAAUUACAAGCAGCUUCUCCACAAGGCUUCUAUAUUAGAAGUUCUGAACUGGGAUGCCGCACGUGGUAACACGACAAACAGAGCUGACCAUCACUGUAGUUUAUGUACUGUUUAAUAAACAAGCAGGAGUAUUUUACUAGGUUUAAAGCCACGAGCUUAUCCCUUUUGGCCUUCUUUUGCUUUCUAUACAAUACACGAUUACUGGUUAUAUUCUUUGCCAAUUUUGUCAGGCCGGCACCAUUUUGCAAUUCAAAUUCUUUCUAUUUUUUUUAAAUCGAUCUUCGGGAAAAGUUUACUGAUACCUUCUGAAAGGUCCUAUCUCAGGGUAGCUCUUACUCCAUUUAACAAAUUUACAAAUAUAUUGCUCUUGCCCAAUAUAACUGUUGUAAAAACACAACACUGAAAAUUUAAAGAACCAGAUGCAUCAAGGUGUGUCAAACGGCUCUGUUUCUCUCUUCUCUCUACAUCUACAAUGGAAAAGCAGCAAUGUAUCUUGAUCAAUAUGCUAAAAUAUGUCGCCAAACCGCGCUUGUUAAAUAUCAAAUAGAAACAAAUUUGAAAUAAAUGAAAUUUUUCAAAUCGAACCCUAAAUGCAAAAACCCAGGAUUAUAACACUAAUGUCGGCGAAUGAAGGUUGAAAUUUAAGCGUUAAUAGGCUACAUUAGAGGUAUAUAAACAUGCACGUAUUUUAUAUAGUGCAAAGUUUUGUAAAACUCAAACUUUCCUAAAUGCUUUUUAGUCAUCGAUCUACAGUACACAACAUCCAAAUUGUUUUGUAACUCAAAUUUCCAGUAUAUUAAUGACUGAGCUCGCUUUCCUAGCCUUUGCCCAGUUAUGGACAGACACAUUAUGUAGUUCAAGCUACUGAUUGAUUUUAACAAAAGGAAACAUAUUAAAAUUAGAUGGAAAAAAUUUCUUAAAACAUACAAUGAAUAAUUGAUUACACUUGAAUAUUGAACGUGAAGCCAAAUCAAAGAUCAAAUUUCACAGUGAGAUAUAAAUCGAUUAGAUUAGGUGCAGAAAAUAUAUCGUUCCAGGCAAAUGUUAUGCCAGGAUUUUAACACAGAAUUUGAUAAAUUUUAUACAUUUUGCUUAAUGUUAGACAAAAUCUGCAAUAAACGUUUGAAUUCACUGGAAUACUUGCGAUACCAAACGCACAUACAUCAUCAAUUAAACCGUGCUUGUUGAUUUUCAUUGUGUUCGAGACUCGCUCUUGUUCAGUAUAAUUCAAAGCAGUCGUUUGGCUAAAUGUUACUACUAAACUUUGAAUUGUCGGUAUUUGAUCGAACUUGACAACAUAUUCCUUUUGAACAUUGUUAAAUUUCAAUGAUUUUCGAAUGCCUUGUCACUUGAAUGGAAGUUACAUGUAUUUUAACAUUAAAUCCCUCUUUGUAGAGUUAUAUUGCCUCAUUUCUUGAACUGGCCGCAAUUGUUUAUCAUCCGUGGAAGUUCAAAUUUUCUUUUCGCUAGGCUUAUCUAGAUUCAUAGGAAAACCGAUGGAAUGGAAAUUGUAUGGACCUUUAUUUGAAAUAGAAUGGAUUUUAUUAUCCAUAAUAAAUGUAUAUUUCCAUGCUAUGCAUAAAGUUUUAAAAUAGUAUGGAUAUACUAUAGAUUUAGUGGUGCAUGGAUUUAGUGGUUCAAUUGCAAAUCUCAUAGUAUGGAUUUCACAUUCUUACCCCGCCCCCACCCCCAACCUCGCAAGCCAGGUUCUCUACUUCCGCUCCCUCCCCAACACGUUGGAGCGGGUUGGGGAGUGAAGCGGAAGUAGAGAACCUAGCUUGCGAGGUUGUCCCCCCCCCAAGUGCGCUGCUUCAUUCAGUACUUGCACGUACGCGCAAUACCUGAAUUACACACAUAACAAUCUCACAUCUUGUAACAAAUCUGCCAACAAGCCGUCAACAAGAUGUAUUCGCACUGCUUGUCACAAGUUGUCAACAGGUUUGGAACAAUUUGUUGACAACUUGUAAUAACCUUGUCGAAAUUAUCAGACUUGUUGCAAGGGUGUUCUGAUAAGUCCGUUACAUGAUUGAUAUAACAAGAUUGUCACAACCUUGCGUUUACGACCUUGUACCAUCCUUGUUAUAUCAUGGCUGUAACAAACUUGUUAACUUGUUAACGCAUUCUUGUAACAAGGUAGAUAAUGCCAUCAAUCGUGUUAAAAGUUGUUAACAGCUUGUUUCAACAGGCAUGCAGUGCGAACACAACUUGUUGACAGCUUGUGAACAAAAUUGUAACAGCUUGUUUGCAGACUUGUGACAACUGGUGCGUUUUUACGUAUGUAGUUGACCUAUUAAUUAUUGCCUUAUAAUUCUGUAAUUUAUUUGUAAAUAGUCAAAAGCUACUAUCACAUACCAGUUAGGAAAUGAUGUAAGAGAAAGUGUGUCUUUAUCAAAUUUCUCAGGAACUUGUCAAUUUCAGGAAACAAGCAAUAGACUGUCGAUCAAGUCGUCCAGCACACAACACUUAGUUAUAUAUAUCACAUUCAUUUUCAACAUCCCUCUCAUUUAUGACAAUGGUCGACGCAUAAAAUUUUUAAUUAGGUCUGUUGGAGGUUUUAGUAUAUUGAAAUUUCCAGCGGCAAUAAAUGAUAUCCAUUCCUUUAACUGUCCGUGAGCAGCUUCUAAAAAUGCAAUCACGAAUCCUUCGGCAAAGCGCUUUACCGCGUAGCCUAUACUGUAGUUAAGUUCAGUUCCAGCGCAUGAACUACAAGUUUUUUCUAUAUACUAAAACGACGCAAACGAAAACGCUUCAGCAUUCAAUUAUAUCGAACAAAAUCCAUGAAAUUCUUAUUUAUGUUUAUAUUUUAUUACAGCUGCUUGUCCUGUCAGUUGGCACAAGUACACAGAUAAUUGUUACAAGAAGUUCCCAGCAGCAUCUUGGAAUGAAGCUAGAUUAGCAUGUGAUCGUCAAGACGCUACAUUAGCGCAGAUAGCAAUGAAAGGUCUAGCAGAAAAUGAAUUUAUUAAGAAUAAGUUUGGAGGAGGCAAUUGGCUUGGUAUAUCUCGAUGUCAUGCAAGCAGCACAUGUCUCCUAGACUUUUCACCGGCCCUGUGGACCAACUGGGCAUCGGGUCAACCAGACAAAAAACCACAAUAUCUACCUGGUUUAGAUAAUAAGGAUUUUGCUGUUUUGAUACAAGCAGAUGGAACAUGGGCAGACCAACCGAAGUUGGAAAGGCAUGCUUAUAUAUGCGAAAAGCCAGGUACUUUACAGUCGAGUUACUAUAUGGCCUGGGUGCAUGCAAAAUAUUCCUGGACCAUAUAUUUCGCGCGCUAGGUCUACAAUAUUAUUUUGGAAAUUAUAUGAUAAUCUUUCUUUCUGUCUUCGUUUUAAAUCCACAAAUGAAGAUUUUCAUUUACAGUGCAGGAAUCGUCGUGAUGAAGGGGUAUAAUGUACAGACCUUCAAAAUGUCGUUGAAGUUGCCACAUACUCAUGCACUGUUUGAACAAAAACGAAUUUACAGCAUACAAUGUCAAUGCUGUAGUAUAAUAUUCGCCUGUAAGUUAGAUAUGAAACAAACUCUCAAUAUUGUUGGCCGAAAUCUGCAUGCAACCAAAUUGCUCCUCCUUUAUAUGUCGAUCCUAUACAUGCAAAUAUCUGACUGUUGCUAACUGUUCUCAUGCAUGAUGAUGUUUGAUGAUGGACGUUUUAUUUUUAGAGGAUCCUUGUGCAGAUAACUUUUGCAAUCCAGAUGGAAGCACAUGUGUAAAUGGAACUUGUCAGUGUAAGCCAGGGUAUUCUGGCGAAUAUUGCUAUAGUAAGUAAGGUUUAAAAAUUGUUCCAACGUGACCAUAGUAAAACAAUGGAAUUGUUUUAGAAAUGUGUGCAGUAUAGGUUAGGACAAAAGAAUAAAUAUCUCCGUUACCAUUCAACUUGGUUUUAGCAAAAGCUCUUCUAAUGGUUUGUUAUAAACUUGAGUUAUCCUCUUAAUGGUUUAAAAAAGAUGGUAAAAACUAUAUCACGUCUUACUUCUAAGAUUAGCGUAUUCUAUUAAAUUAAUGCAUGAAAACAUAUUGCAGGAAAAUAUUUGUGAUCAGGGUAAUCUCUUGCCAGUCAAACCAUUAAAAGCAUUGUAAGUUCUAUGCAGUCCUAUAGUAAUUCGAGAUAAGAACUAGGUUUAUCCAGUACUAGGUUUAUGCAGAACGAAAUCAGUACUAUGUUUAUCCAUUAUAUUUUUCUAUGUCGUAUCCAGCUCUGGGUACGACAUAAAAACUAAUAGAAAGAAAUUAAUAUAUAAUACGAAACACAAUUGUAAGAAUUUAUUGUGCAGUGUAUAUAAAUCUUGAAGUCAAUGUUUUUAUUUCAGUUGGACCAUGUGAUGCAGAUCCUUGCCAGAACGAAGGGACUUGUGAAGUGGUAAACGGAAAUUAUUCCUGUACAUGUGUUAAUCAUUAUUCGGGAAAAAACUGUGAAGGUAUUAAUCCAAGUCUUUGUUUCUUUGAGUUCUGCUUUUGCCACGUUGUUGUGUGUAUAUUUGAACUGUUACAAUAGAAUGCUAUAUAAUCGCAACGAAACCGCAUUUUCUCAACUAUAUAACACGGAAUCGUUCAACUCUUCUAAUUACAAAAUUGGGGGGAAAACACGGAGUAGAGCGUCUGCAUAUGACGUCACAGCUGCCAUGUACGUUGGUAUUCCAAUUCAAAAGAAUUAAAUUAGACUCUUUUGUUUGUAACACCAACAUGGCUGCCAUUUCUUUUGUUAAGCUGGUCCCUGGCGAAUGAGUACAAACGCUCCAUUGAACAAAACUAAAUUAAAUAAACUUGAACGAGAUUAAACAGAUUCUGCAAAUGAGAAAAAAAGGUAGACGACUUAUAUCGGCAUACAUUUAGGAGAAACUGUUGUUUUUUUCUAUGCGAACUGCAUAAGAAAUAGUAUAAGGGUUCCGUUUUUAAAUAAUAUAUGCGUUUGCGUUGGGUUUUGCAGCAAAUACAAUCGAUAGGCGUAAUCGGAGAUUUGACUGCGAAUCGAAAGGACGCGCUUUGCGUUAGGCUUAAAUUGGCGUUGAAUUAUGACACGUAGCUGUAUGAAUUUGCAUGCAUAUGAAAGGACCGUUCAACCAUUAUCGCUUUCCACUCAUUGCCACAACAGAAUUGUAAAUUACAGUAUUUUUGUUUAAGCAUAUUUUGCCUUCUCUGUGAAUCAAAAUAUAGGCCUAGAAAAGUACACUUAGGGGAAUAUAUUUUGAUGGACACAUCUGUAACUGUUUUCAGUGCCACCUCCUUGUAAGAGGAAAAAUCCAUGUGUAAAUGGUGUUUGUGAAGAUAUCAAUCCCGUUGAUUACAGAUGCAAAUGUAACCCUGGAUGGAUUGGAAAGAAUUGUGACGGUAUUAUUUAAAUUGCUCAUUUCUAGCUAAUUUAAAUUCAAAGCACGAGAAAAUUUGUAUAGCAAUAGCUCAAAAAAUCUAAAUAUUAUUUGUUUAUGAGAUGUCUGACUAGCGUGUAAACGUUUUAAAAAUGUAAUAUAAUAUUCUAAUUUCGUGCAUUCGUACCACAAAUUAUUGGUCAUCACCGAUGUCUAUUUGAUGAGACUUCCACUGCUGCUUCCGCUCCUAUAAAGGUAAUUCCGCAGUUUUGCAUUGCGCACUUUUACUGCGCACAUCUUAUAACUGAUAAUUUCAUUUAUUAUACGUACCGUGUAAAAUAAAAUAUCACUUUAUGACAAUUUUAUGUUACUGCAAAACAUCUUUGGUUACAUUCGUGCAAAGAAUUACGUUAAAAUCAAUGUUUUCAAAAAAGGCAUACAAAACUGUAACUAGGGUUCCUGUGUUUGUAGCAUAUUUAUUUACUUGUAUUUCAAGUUUUAAUGCCACAAUUCCCUAAUAAGAUGGGUGACCCCCGUUUUUUAACUGGUAAUUUAUAUCUUUAAUGCAUUUUACAUUUCAUAUCCGAAAUUGAAAGAAAAAUCAUUUCUGGAUCAAUGCACGUUUCUAAAGAAAGAUAUGCAAAGAAAUGUGCAAAAGACAUUUGUGGAUCAGAAUUGUACACGUUAGAAGUUUCAUUUUGCUCGAAACACAAUAGUUUUUCAAAAUUAAUUACAAGAUAGGUUUACUAAAGCAAAAUACUCGCUAAAAACGUCAUUAAAUAUCGGGCUGUUGUGAGUUUGCUGUUACUCGUAAUGAGCGUCAAGAUGGCGCUAUAUUGGGGUAAAGGUGGUAUAUUGCGAUUGUCAUAUCUUCUUAACGAGUUCGGCAACCCCAACUUUUUUGUGUGAUUUACUUUAAGUAUGUCAUAAACUCCAUGCCUGGGAAAUUUCAGUACAUUUUCGUUUCGGGAACAAUUACUGCGGAAUUACCUUAACCAGCCAGAUAUGUUUAAUAUGACCAAUUAACCAAUCAAUGACGUAUUAAACUGGGGGACGAUUAUAAGGUACUUUCCAGAUACACGCUCAGAUUAGCACCUCACCACCUGUCUAUGUUGCUUUCCAUGUUGGACUACUGAUAAAUUCGUGUAAAAAACAUUGCACACGAAUAAAACCAAGAAUAAAAUCCAAGGAUGUCUUCAAUUGAAAGAAAAGUUAAUAUACAUUGCCGCCAUUUCGCUAUUAUUUAUUUCGUUAUGUAUUUAGUUUCGGUUUGUAUAAGCCGAACAAAAACCCUGAAGACAAAACAAAGAAUAAAAUACUGAUUGACGCAAUUUGUGAAGUGAUAGUUUUGUAUAAGAACAAAGCUAGUUUCGUUUAAAUUGUUAAUUAAAGAUGAACAAACUAUGGCUACAACUCCUGCUAAAGUUACUGUAAAACAUGUUUUUAUUUUUCAGAGCUAGCCAAUUUCUAUCAUUAAUUAAAAAAUUGUUAACUUUCAUAAUACACAGUAAUUCGAACAUCUCCAUUUGUUUCCAUAUUAUAGAACGGCCAUGCGACAGACGACCCUGCAAUAAGGCAAAGAAAUGCGUAAACAAAGGGUUUUCGUACGAGUGUGUCUGUUUGAAAGGCUGGACAGGCCCAAACUGUGAGAAAGGUAUGGAUUAUACACUGACACAUGUAUUUUAUUGCGUGUCAAAACGAUCUCAGUAACUCCAUUAAAACACUCGUCUGCGGUUUUAUUUUACUAUUGGACUGGAAUAAUUUGAUAGCACCCCCCCCCCCCCGUUCACAAAUAGAACAAUGUUUGACGUACUUACUUCAGUCAUAUUGCAGGUACGCAAUCUACUAGAGUGAAAGGUGGGUAAAGGAGGGUGAUACUUAUGUGAUAAUGCGAAAAUUUGUCAAAUAAACGGGGAGGGUGUCCGUCUGAAUGAACUUGAUCAAAGAAACUUAUUUCGUUAAAAAAAUUCGUUCAACAGAGUAGGUCAACAGAGUAGUCAUAGCGCGGUCAACAGAGUAGUCAUACGCGAUAACAGACUAUUAAUGUACUGUACCUGGCCAACCUCACCUCGACAUGAGAAAGCCAUGAAUGCAUGGUUUGCAACAUAAUAUUAGAUCAUUUUCGCAACAAAAGGCCAAAAAGCUUAUAACUUCUUUAAUUAAUCUUUGCAUUUACAUUGCAAGAUAAAUUGUUUGUCAGAUGCAUUAUGCACCUUUAGAGAAAGUAGGUCUCCAGUAUACAUCAGCCCAUUCCAGGACUGAUAAUAUGAAGUAACUUGUCCUGAUAUUUCGUUCUCCAACAUGCAGUCAGCGCAUUUGUUGACAAUUUCACUCAAAGCUAAUCAGAAUGCGUAAUUGGUUACUGUAGGUACUUUCCCUGCGAGCACAGGAAGCCUACUUCUGGUAAAAACAUACAUUUGAACAGAAAAGCUAGGGUAAAAUAAAGCGUCAAGUUUGUUAGGAUAACAUUUUUUUAUUGGAUUCAACAUGACAAGGUAAAAUAUGAAAUUUUCUGAAAAUUUGCUGUUGGGAUUUGCGUUUUAUUGACUAGUUCUAAAAUUAACGGCGUUCGAACUUUCGCUCUUUUUAUACGCCGCUGUUCGAAUGGGGCAUUUAAAACUAUGCAAUAAAACGCAAAUCCCAACGGCAAAUUUUUACAAAAUUUUAUAUUUUACUUUGUCCCGUUGUAUCGAAUAGCAAUAAAUAAAAGUCUUGAUCUCUCAAAGCUUUAUUUAAGAUACUAACUUUUCUGUUCAAGUGUAUGUUUUUGCCGGAAGUUGUAACCAAUUACGCAUUCUGAUCAACAAAUGCAUUGAUUCGUCGAGAACGAAAUCCCCCCGUGUUCGCGGAGCGCCGUUCCGGGCGUGAGUCCGAGGCUAGGGCACUAAAUCCUCCCGACUACUUAAACCCGAUGAAAGGAAAGUAUUAACGAAGUCUAAAGCGGUGUCAAGAUCCACGGUGUAUGGGUGGACUUUCUCACUGAUUUAAAAAAAAUUGCUGCUUGCAAGCAGUUGGAUAAGCAAGUUUCAAUUUUUAACAAGAAAAUACAUGCAUGCAGACACCCCUCGCCUUGCAGACGAAACCAUUGUAUUUUGCGAACAUGAAGUAUUUAAAGUACUUGUCAUGAUAACACGAUAACUUUAAAAGUAAAGGAUAAUCAAUAAAGCAACACUAAAAUUAUGUGCUGUCGAGUUCAUUUAAAAAGCUUUUAAUCAAUUAUAAAGCAAAUAUUUAAAACAAACCUACCUUCGAUCAGCUUUUAAACAAUUAUAAAGAAAAUAUUUAAAGCAAACCUACCUUCGCUAAUGUCAGCGCCUUUUCUCCCUGCUUUUAGCCAUUCUUUCGCCUUUAUUUUCUUAAAAAGCUUUUAAAAUGCACAAAAUCCUGCAAAAAUGAAAUAUAUUUGCAAGAAAUGUUAGAACUCAUCAAAUCAAGAAAUGUUUGCUAUUUCGCUGUCGUCGUGCAGUCGUUAUAAUGCAAAUUUUAAAUUUGACCAAUCAGUGUUCGCUAUUCAUGACAGUCCGCCAAUUUUUUUAGAUCAGUGAGGAUGACCACUCACCCAACACCCAAGCACCGUUGGUCACCCACACCGUUGGUCACCCACUUCAGACUUCGCUCGCCCGGGGUUUACGCCCGAAACGCCGCUCCGAAGUGAGAUAAUCAAGACUUCGAUGACUUAGAAAAUUGUUUCAUAUACAACGAGCUUUAAAGCAAAAUAUGUUUAAAGAAAUUAGAACAAUUGAUUUAUUAUGGGAAAUCGUGAAAUAAUAGGGCAAGUUUGCUCCGAAUGUUCAAUGUUUAUGAAUUUUGUUUUUUAACUCUUUGCAUAAAACCGUUGUCUUUUCCAACGAAGCUAUGAGUUUCCUAAAAGCAUAUUAAUUCAAAGAUGGAACUCAAAUUGCCCAACAAUAUGAACUGGUUAUAUAUUUUUCAUUAUUUAAAAACUGCAAUUUAUCGGCAAUUGUACUCUAAUAUUUGAAUGAGCAUUCCAAAACAUCAAAACAUUCAAGGCAAAUUUUACCUUAAAAUAAAGUUUACAAAAUGCAAAAUAACAUACCUAAUUACAGUAUGUAUUUCGGAAAUUCAAUGUUGUAUACUUAAAAGUACUAAUAUUAUAUACAAAAGUGUAUAAGAAAGCUAUCGUGUUGUCAUGGCAACGUUAGUUUGCGUGCAGUGUUGCUAAUUUCCCAAUACUUCAUGUUAAAUCAAUGUUUGGAAAAUAUAGGCAACGGGUUGCUGCAUGCAUGUAUUUCUAGCAGUUUCUGAUUAUUUUAAUGAUAGUGUGUAUUCUUCAUAGUGGGCAAUGCUGGCGGCGACCCACACUAUUUCACGUUCGACAGGAAGAGGUAUGAUUUCAUGGGAAAAUGUGAAUAUGUUUUCGCCAAAGAUUGUAGCGAAGAACGCGCUUUUGAAGUUUAUCAGCAAAAUGAACCAUGUGGUUCUGGCACUGUCAGCUGCACCAAGACCAUUAAGGUUCUAACGCAAUCAAUGGAGGUUACUAUGGAGAGACAGGGAAUUAUUUAUGUCGAUGGAAUUCGUGUAAAUCUUCCGUGGAAAAAGUCAGGUAACAAAUUAAUGUAUUGUAAUAAUGUUUCAAUGAAUCCAGUUAGUACUGAAUUGCAAUAUUAAGAGACAUGAUUUAAAAUAAUCCAACCAAUUAUAGAUUGAUAAUUUGUAUUCUUAAGAUUUCGUUGUGCGUCAAAAUUAGUUGCAUAUAGAUUACGCAAUCCCAGGGGUAGUUGCCUGAUUUUGAUAUUUUUCGUUCUCUCCGCCCACAAAACAGGAUCGGAUAUUAAAUACUUUUUUUCCAAUAUUUCGGAUAAAUUCAACAAGAUUACAAGUGUAUGGACAUGAAAUCGUGAUUCAGUUUUAUAAAAAGUACACAUGCAGAUGAGCGACUUUCAAAAUUAUAAAUCCAUUCUAAAAAUUUGCAAAUAAGUUGGAAAAAUAUUUCUACAAUUUGUUAAAAUUGCAGUAUUGGUGUCGCCACCUUAAAUCAUUCCAGCAGGCAAAUGGUUAAUUAGUCAUUCUAAUCAGUCAAAUAUAGAAAUGUAACUAUUAGUUUCAAACUGUUCUUAAAGAAAUUAAUUUACAUCAAAUUAAUGAAUUAAACUAGGCUCAAAUACGACAAUCACCAGAUGGUCACGAGGUGCGUUAAUGGAUGUUCCCGAUCUCUUAUUUUCGGUACGCUGGGAUGGAUCUUACGCCAUCUACGUAAAAAUCAACCAACGCUAUGAAAACCGGACGUGUGGUUUAAUGGGAAAUGCCGAUAGCAAUCAAAACAACGAUUAUCGACUUCCCGACGGAACUUUUACCAACGACAUUUCAAAGUUUGCAAACAGCUGGAAAACAAAUCCUAAGUGUGCAAAUGGCCUUGUACCACCUGAACAAUGUGAACAACUUAGUGCUUCGGAAUACAAAGAUAUAAAUGAAAGGUGUGCUAAAAUGAAACAGUCACCAUUCCGACAAUGUAAUAGCAGAAUCAGACCAGAAACUUCGUACAUUCGUAACUGUGAAUAUGAUAUGUGCGCCAUGAAAGGCAAUCGUCUGGGUGCGUGGUGCCAAAUUUUGGAAAAAUACGACAGAGCUUGCAGUUCAAGAGGUAUCAAAAUUGAUUGGGAAGGAAAGCCUGGCUUUGAAGUGUGUGGUAAGAUGCACAUUUAUUCAUAUAGAUUCAUGAUAUACUUUAUUACAUAGAAGUCAACUUGGCUCAAUUUUUCAGAAGGAAAGCAUUUUUAUUAAGAGUACUUUUCUCGCUUUUGCAAUUAAUGCUUAAUUUUGCUUUAUAUAUUUUGGACGUAUGGCAAAUAAAAUUUGACACAUAAAAAUUGUUGGGUGAAAGACACAAUUUGCCAUUUUUGGGCAAUUAUUCAAUAAUGUCUUAUUAACCGAACGCACGGUCUGUACAAAGAAACAUCGGACCGGGUGGUCUUUUUUAUACAGACCGAGCUCGUAGGGCGAGGUUUGUACAAAAAGAGUGUAGUACGAUAUUUCUCUGUACAUACAAAACAAGCGAGGUCAAUAAAAGUUUUAUUAUAUGGCAUUUAUACUUGAAACAAACAAGAAAUGCAUGAUUUGAAGCCUUUCAUAUUAGUACCAUAUGAUACAGAUUUGGUCGAAGAAAACAAAAAAUACGAAUGUUUGCUUCUUUUCCAAUGAACUCCUUUCGCAUGAGAUACUGUGUUAAUAACAAAAUUAAAUGAUAUUUUUUAAUUAUUAGUUUUGCUCUUUUGUUUUAAAAUACAUUCGUUUGUUUUUAAGUAAUGGCCCGCCGGUAUACUACGGGAAAAUAAUAGACCGCUGAAAAUGCUUCUUAGCCAAUCACAGUCCGCCAUUUCACCGGAGGUAAAGCUUGCCAUGUAAUAAGUAAGAUUUAAUUACCGAGAAUGAGGUUUCUCGGCGAGAUGCAACCCGAGAGGCGUGACCAAAGAAAGCGUCCCCAGAGCCGUAGGCUCGAGGGAUGCUAAUUCUGAGGGUUACGCUUCCGGGAGAUGUACCUCAAUAAGAAACCAACGUUCGAUGUAAUUAACCAAUUUAGUCAAAUUUGUAAGGAUUGACACACAAUAAAAUCUACUUUUUUGUUCUAUGUACAUAUAUUGAAUUAAAAGAAUAACGUUUGUUACCAUGGGAUCCACAUGAAAAUGAGAUUCGAACCGUUUUAUGAAAUUGUGAAUGCGUUUGAACUAUGAACGACCUAUGUAUCGACAAAGAACAAGCUUCCAGGCAACCUGAAUCAAAUAAAAAUUAAGACUUAUGGAAAGAAAAUUGACUAGAGAGAGAGAGUCUUAGAAAACGCGUAUUGAGCGUACACAGUUACGUAUGCAUGGGCAGUUCGUGUUUGGAAAGAGUGGGCUGAAAUAAGAAUUAGCUAUAGCCACAGUUAAUAAAAUACAUGGUUUGGAGACUCGAUGAAACUACAAUAUAACUCAUUAACUAUGUUGGUUUCGGUUUAUGCAAGAAUUUGGGCGUAUCUCGUCACGUGUGUAUUGUAUUUUUUCCCGCACAACCAAUAGCAAUGUUUAAAUUGAGCAUUUGUUCAAGUUACGGAUGGAUAACUCAACCACAAACUUGUUAUUGGUUAUUUGAGCGAAAAUACAAUACUCACGUGCGAGACAGGACCAAAUUCUUGCAUAAAGCUGGACAAUAAUAUAGUUAAUGAGUUAUAUUGUACUCCCAUCGACUCUCCAAACCAUCUAUUAAAAUAACUGUGCUAUAACGAAGAUUUGUAUGCGCUUAGCAAAGCAAAGAUUUUAAAUUUGUGCUCAAUUGGGUUUUAUUUGGGUAUGAAUCUAAAAGCAAAUGGUAGAAAUUUGAUAUCUCUAUUGGGAAAAGUGGGUUUGAUGAAUUGAGUUGAAUUAAAUUGGUGAUUAAAUAUUCAGCGGUUUUGUAUAGUUAAAACCCGCUUUCUGCGGGGGUUUUUUUAUGAUGCAUCACCUUCAAAAUCGAGUUUUGUAUAAAUAAAACACGGCUAAUAAUUAUUUAGUCAUUAAUUCAAAUCAUCAACUCCGCCUUUUCCUGUAGAGGUAUUAAAUGCUCUCCCUUUGCUUUUAGAUUCUUAUCCUAAUAAAACCCUAUAAAAACAAUAGAAAUUCCAAAAAUUUGAUCUAAUAUCGAGAAAAACGGAAUUUAAUAGGUACCAUUUCAAAACUGAUAGUGCCAUUAAAGUUGUGUAUAUCAAAACGAUGUACCUGUCUGCUAUUUAUAAUUUUAAAAAAUUUUUUAAAGAAAUAAAAUGCCUCUAAACGUCCUUCAGCCGGCUUCUCAUCCUACAGCAGUGAAGGAUGCGUUGUUGCAGCAAGUUUAAAAUUUUUAAAAAUCUUUUAAUUAAGGAAAUAAAAUGCUUUUAAACGUCCUUCAGCUGUCUUCUCAUCCUACAGCAUGCAGUGAGGGAUGCGUUGUGACAGCAAGUUUAUUAUUAGAUCAGUAAUUUUACCGCACUCCAUUUCAAAUUAGAGCACAUGGCCGUACUAAUAAUGCUCUACUUCAAUUGUAGGCAAUCCUUGUGCCAAUAUACCUUGCUUUAAUGGAGCGACAUGUAAGAAUAUUAACAGGAAAGAAUUUAAAUGUACUUGUCCAAAAGGGUUCAGUGGACCCACCUGCAAAAAUGUCGGUAAGUAUGACGUAGUUAUAUAUCAUAUCCCAAGGACGGGGUUAGCACUUGUAUAAUGCAGACUUUCAGAUAUUUUAUGUAAUAUUUCAAAUCCGACUAAGAGGGCUGGACUAGAUUUCCAGCCCGCAUGGCGAAGGCGAGAACUGGAUCCAAAUGCAAGGCUAGGAUUUGAAAUGAUAUCUUAUAGGAGUAAAUCAAUUCUUAAAGUGAGGUGUAUCAAUUUUGAUCCAGUCCAAGGACAGAAUUAAUUUUGAUCCAAACCUAGCACUGAAUCAAUCUAAUUCACAUGCAGGUAUCCAGUACUAUCAUGUGAUAAAAAUAAAGCAAAUAUUGUCGGCUAAUUUACUUAUGAAUUAUUCAUAGUGCAUUUAGUAAUCAUGAGCCGGGGUAGGGGAUACUUUUAGAAUUCUAUAGCCACAUAACAUAACACUAGCUACUAGCAAAACUGGUAUCUUUUGAUGCUGAAUUAAGAUCAACAAGUUUGUUUAUGGCAUUCAGUAUAUAGUUCAUAAUUUCCAGUCUUAAUUAUAUACGAAGUUGUUUUUGAAUUUUGGUUCACUUUUUACCUUCCAUUAUUCGCUUUUGGUUUUGUACUUUAUUGUUUUAAUUAAUCUGCGUAUAGGUUUUUUCUGGAUUCCAGUAUUAUAAAUACUUUCUUUCUUCCAUUCUGUUUAAAGAGUGCAAAUCUGGAUAUAUCUCCCGUGGCAAUCUUUGCUACAAGAGGAUGGGCAGGCGUCCAUGGAUUGUCGCUAGAUGCCGACCAGGGGAUAGUUUCGUGUCGGCAGAAAACCAGGAUGAAAAUCAAUUUAUUUACGAGAAAUUUGUGAAGACAUCAAGAAAAUCAUUCUGGAUGAAUGCCCGCGUCUGUGCUGCAGGGAAGCUAUGCGACCAAACGUUUGGCCCAGUAUUCUAUCAUAAUUUUGGAAGAAAAGUUUUGAAUACAGGAUGUGUUGAAAUGCCGUAUGGCAAGAAUGGGAAAUGGACAGCGAAGAAUUGCAAAGCGGCUUCUUAUUAUAUUUGCAAAUACGGUUAGUAGUUGCAUCUUACAUAAUGUGUUUCCGGUGAUAUAGCUACGAAGCUUGCGGUUUUGUUUAGCUCGCUUGUGACGAAACCACAGCAAUAGAGGAAAUUCCGAAAAUUAAUAUACCUCGCAUUGAAAUAUGGUGAGGAAAGACAUCUCACUGUUCAUCAAGGUGUUAGUUUCAAUAAUACUGACUACAGAGUCUAUUUAAAAUUCUUUUGAAUUAGAACGCCAACACAGCGACUGUAACGUCAUGAGCAAACGAUCUAUCUAUCAUUUCGUUCCAACUUUACUACUUGAGAAAACUGCAUUCAUUUUGGUUUUCCGUUUUUUAACAACAAACUUGACAUUCAUAGUAUCGAAAGAUGCGUAGCUAUUCAUCCACAAUACCAAAUUUAUUAUUUCAUCUUUGUUUGAAAAUAAUGCCGAGCACAUAUAUCAGAAAAAUGAUCUGCUGUUGACUUUUUGCCGAUUCCUUAAUUUUAUUAAUUCUUUUAAUGUUUUGUUCAUUGCUGACCCAACUUCUUGAAAUUUCCUAAAAAUACCAAAAAAAACGAAAUUCUUUGCCAAUUCAGUUCACAAUUCAAAAAUAUAUGAUAUUUUGAAAGAAGUCAUCUUUUCAUUCUUCGAAAAUCUGUAGUUUUCAAUGGCUUUGAUUCCCAUCAGUGACGCAUUUAAUAUUUCGUAUGCUAAGUUUUUGAAACAUUUCAUGAUUAUACAACAUCACCAAUAUUGAGGUGAAUAAUUGCUUUAGCAUAUAUACCAUAAUUAAACAAAACUAUUUUUAAAAGAAUUUAUAUUUCAGCCCUAUAGCUCCGGUAAUAGUUGUAAACAAAACAGCAUUUACUCGCUUCCUGUAAAAUUAUUCUUAUAAUGUAACUUAUCGUUUUGUGCAAAAGUUUGCUCGACGUGGGUACCAAAAAGUACCGAAUAACCAAGCAAAAUGCAGCCCAUUAUCUUUGCUUUCUUUUAUCUUGCAGAAAAGUUUUGA